AUGAGGAAAGACUCCCCUCAAGCUGAAGUUAAUACGGUGAGUAAACCAGAUAAAUACUCACUGAUAAUUAAAGGCCAUAAUAUAAAGUUGGCGCUUAAAAACCCUAUCGUCAUACAGAAAUUACUUUCUGCAGUUACAGAGUACCCAGCAAAGAACAUCAGAGGGCUGGGGAAUGGAGAUCUGGUAGUGACAUGUGCUGAUGAGCAACAAAAAAUAAAACUCCUGAAGAUUAAAACCUUAGGUGAGUACAAGGUAAGCGUGAAGGAACCCGUCUCCUCAAAUAAGUCAGAAGGAGUAAUAUACGGAGUUAGCACCGAGCUAACUGAGGUAGAUACUGUUGAUAACCUUAAAGACAUAGGUGUGUUUAAAGCCAUCCGUAUGAAGGGGAAACAAUAUGAAAACAGUGAAAACAGUACAACUGUCCGUCUAGUAUUUAAUACUAAAGAACUACCAGAGAGUGUAGCCCUGGGCUAUCGUACGUACACAGUCAAAUUGUAUAUACCACCUCCUCUAAGAUGUUACAACUGUAAUAGGUACGGACACAUAGCUGUCAAAUGUAAAGGCAAACAAAGAUGCCAGAAAUGUGGGGGAGACCACAAGGUUAUAGAUUGUGGUGCUGAGAUCAAAAAAUGUGUAAAUUGUGGAGGGGCACACAGUGACGCCUACGGGGGUUGUACGGCCAGGACAAAGGCUGUGGAUAUAGUUAAAAUACAGGUGACAGAACACUGUUCACGUCGAGAGGCGGUACAAGAAUAUAAAAAAAAAUCUUAUGCACAGUCAGUCUCCGAGAACACACCGGAAGCAAUUAACCCCGUACCGUACUCCGGGGUAGCUGAUUUCAACAUCCCCAAAAGUCAGCCCGACCGUCCGUCCGUCCGUCCGUCCGUUACUGUCACACAGGAACCUGUGGUGACUACCUAUCAAAAAGCUACUACAGUUAGCAGUUUCUGUCAUCGCCAAAAUCAAUGA